ACAGGUAGAUCGGAUGUUUGAGUAAAGCCCAGGUCACAAAUCUGACGUAUCUGAGACAUUCGUUAUAAAGAUAAUAGUUAAAAAGACGAAAGUCAAAAUGCAGUAUCGAAAUUGAAUUUUUAUCUUUUUGUCUAAUAUGAGAGAAAGGUCUAUUAUUAUUGACAAGUAGAAGUAUAAAAUUAAUUCCUGGCUUAAGCUUUUGCCCGUUUGUGUGUACAGCGCAUGGUGAAGGGAAAGCUUUACGCCCGAAUGACGUCAUUACUUGGGAUACCAAACUGUGUUCGGUGGGGAAGCCGUCCGCUCCUGCCGGGCGCCUCUCGAUCAAGCUACGACGAUAUCAAGUUGUCCAGGAUGGCUGAGUUUACAGUGGUUACCGCAGACAGCGUGAACGUCACUGUCUCCAGCAACAUCACCCAGUAUCCCAUGCAGAAGCGCUUCCAGAAGGGUCUCACCAUUCUGCAGCUCAAGAACAAGCUAGAGCUGGUGACUGGCGGCUCGGCAGCCACCAUGCGACUCUCGCUUCUGGACAAGCAGGAUCAGUUCGUCUGCUACUUGGACAGCGAGACGGCCCUGUUUGGCUCCUUCCCGGUCGACGAAGGAAUGCGCCUGCAUGUGGAGGACAAGACGUGCCACAAGGGAGAGUUCGAGGAUACCAGCGGUAUUCAGAAGUACGAACUGACCGAGGAGCAGUACAACUCGAAGCAGGGUGAGCGGCUGACAGACCAACCGCCAUUGUAGAAAGGCACUUUCUGU